AUGGCUUCCGGUGGAUUGCAGUCUGUCACUUUUUCCAACUCAUCAACAUCCUUGCAAAGUAACGAAGAAACAGACAAUACAAUUUUAGAAUGUAGGGUGUGUGACGAGGUAUUCCGUUUCCAAGGAGACAAAGUGCCACGUCUACUAGUGUGUGGCCACACUGUAUGCCACCAAUGUCUGACAAGGCUACCUAUACAUGGAUAUAACAUCCUGUGUCCGUUUGAUCGACAACCAACAGAGAUUGGUGACUCAGGAGUAUGGGGAUUAAAGAAAAACUUUGCACUGCUAGAACUGUUGGAAAAACUACAACAAACCAAACAGAUUUCUACUAGUAGAAAUUUGUUCACAGAUGAAUGUCUAGCAAGAGAAAAGCAGCAUGAUAUUGGAUGUGACGAGGAUGAAUCCCACACAGCAGUCCUGUACUGUACCGUGUGUAGUACACAUCUGUGUGUAGAAUGCUCUUUGCUCACACAUUCUACACGAACUCUUGCCCGCCACAAACGUGUUCUCAUCUCAGAGAAGCCGAAGGAGAAUCCCAAAUGUGUGUACCAUCCCAUGCACCUGGUGGAGUUUGCCUGUAUGGAGGAUGAAUGUAGAAACAGUCCACUGAUGUGUUAUAUAUGUAAGGACUAUAGUCGCCACGUCAAACACAGGCAUGCAUUACUGGAGACCGAAGCUGAGAAAGUGCGAUCCUCCAUCUCCAAUGCUGUUCAACAGACACGCCUGUUUGGGGAGGAGGUUGCAGAUACAGUAAGGAAACUACAGACUUGUAUACAACACGUGGAGGGGGACACACAGCAUAUGGUGACUGGGGACGGAUCUAAUUUGUCAAAUAGGGCACCAGGUACUGCUGACCUAUCCCGGACAAAAAUAAAGCAAUACUUUAGUGAAUUACGUGAUAACCUCAACCGCCAGGAGGUGGCAGCACUAACCACAGUCGACACACACAUUCGCGAAAAACUGUGUAUGUUGCGUCAACAACAGGAGGAUAUGGCGGUUUUACUGUCCCAGAUAUCGGCUGUGUGUCAUCAGUGUGAGGCCACACUUCAACAGGAUGACACCAGAGUAUUACUGGCCAAGUCAGAGGUGAAGACGCUACUCGAUACAAUACAAAAACAACAACAACAAUUCUCAGAGGUACCCGACCAACUGCCACUGGAUCCAACCAUUCCAAUCACAUUUACCAAGGAUAAUCGAGUCCAUAUCGGUCCCAAGAUUGAAAUGCGCGUUGUUAUACUCGGCCUGGAUGGAGCGGGCAAGACCAGUAUACUGUUUAAACUGAAACAGAAUGAGUUUAUACAGACCAUUCCAACUAUUGGUUUUAAUGUGGAAACUGUUGAAUACAAGAAUGUCAAAUUUACUAUAUGGGAUGUUGGUGGACAGCAUAAGAUCAGACCUCUGUGGAGACAUUAUUAUUUUAAUACUCAAGCUGUGAUAUUUGUGGUUGACGGGAGCAACAAAGGGAGGUUAUCCGAGUCCCACAAUGAGCUAGCCAAGCUGGUACAAGAAAAGGAACUGAGAGAGGCAUCACUAUUAAUCCUCACUAACAGACAGGAUAUACAGCCAAGUGCGACCAUCGAGGAGAUCACGGAGACAUUUGGACUCUUCAAACUCUGCUGUAACCGAAGUUGGCAUAUCCAGGCUUGUGAUGCUAAGACCGGCAAUGGAUUACACGAUGGCCUCGAAUGGCUGUCACGGCAAAUGGUGGCUGCUGGUGCCCCGGAGCUGGUAUAGUAUCAGUGUGGUCAUAAAUAGGAGUCGGAAAGAAAUCUCACUGCUGGUUACAGAUGGUUUCAAGUGGGCCGCGUAGCUGAAAGGAUACAUGCUCAAGAGACAUUCUUGCUUGUGAAUGAACAUAACAACAGGGACAAAAUUUGUGAGUUGUUUUUAAAGCGAGUCAUACCAACCGGAUCAACCCACACUCAAAAGUUUUGUGUAGCCAGUUGCCAGAUUUCAAUUUUGAAAAUUUAUCCAAUUUUUCAAGACAAGGGUUGAUUUAGAAACAAAAAUUGUAAAAUGCAAUAGAUAUUUCAUAUCAACUUUGAGGAGAGAGGGCAAGGAACCUGUGAGUUCUGCUGUUAAAAAGCCAUCUACCUGCACCUCAAAACAUAGUAAUCUGUUUCUGCAAUAUUUUCAAUAUAUCUAAGUUAGAAGGCUGAUUUUACCAUAGAAAUCACAGAUACCUUCUAUCCUAUACAUCCAAGUCAUGCUUGUUGAUUGCAGUUCAUAAUCUUUGUUGUUUCAUCUGGUAAAUAUAUUUAUAACAACUGUAUCAGCUUGUUUAGUCUAAAAUUGUGAGACAAUUUUCAAAUACUCAUGUAUAAGGAUGAAAUAUCAACAGCUCUUUUGAAACAGGAGUUCAAAAGAUUUACAAUUCUGGGGCUAGGUUGUUUUUUUUGUUUUGUUUUUUUUUCUUCCUUUUUCUUUCUACCAUUAGAGGCCACUGGCUUACACAAAUUCAUAUCUUGUGUAGACCAUCUGUGAAAAGCAGCCCGAUGUAUUUAUUUCAUGCUUCAAGAAAACUAUUUUCUUGUGAUAUUUAUUUUUUAAUUUGGUAAGUGCCAAGAUUUUUUUCUGUUAAUUUUUGUUUCAUAAAUGCAAUUUUGAGAAUUUAUUUAUUUUGUCAUUGUAUUUAUUAAAGUGAUCUUAAGGAAAAGGAUCUGGUAGGUGUUUAAGUGAAAGCAAGUUAUCUCCAGGACCUGAAAUUACAAUUAAACAAUCAUUGAACAAUAAAUAAAACACUAAAAUAUUGAUGAUUUUUCAAACAGAAUAACAUACUUCGGCUUCUAUCUAGGAAGAGGAGUGUAACUAGAGACUACUUCUGAAAAUAUACUUCUGUAAUAGGAAGGAUUGAUAAAAAGCAUAUCAUUCCAAAGCUAGGCUCAAAGUAGUGAACUAACGCUUUAAGCAAACAUCCUACAACAAGGGUUAAGGGAGAUUCCCAUCACCCUGAGCUAGUAGGGUAACCUUGUACUGAAAUUUUAUACUGCAAUAUUUGGAAAUUCCAAGUAUAUAUUUAGCAGUAGUUAUAAAUGAAAGUUCUAUAGAAAACUGAUCAACACGAAGCAACUUGUCACAAAUUUGAAAUUAGGGUUCAUGCCUGUAGAUAUGUAGAUCUCAGUUUUCAACAGAUCUUUCUGAGGCAUGUUGGGCUUCAUGAUACAAAUGUAUUGAUAUUAUUUUCAAAGUAUUCUUGUGAAGAGCAAGUUUCAUUAAACAAUUUUUGGUACAGUUAUUGCCCUUUAUAUAGCAAUACAUUGUAUUCCAAUACUUAAUUCAUUUCCGGAGAUCUUCCACUGGUGUAAAACGCAUUUCUAUGAAACAUGGUAUGAUUUGUUACCAUGACAUUAAGUUGUGGUUUCGUUAACAGGAUUUUAAUUAUAAGAAUUCCUACUGUUGCAUUUCGGUAUUGUUAAUGCAUUUUGGCACAAGAAUCUGUCAUUUUAGCAUUAGAGUGGGUCCAUAUUGUACCACCCCUCGAUAAAUCUUGUUUCUAUUAUGUAACAAUAAAUAUAGUUAUACCCUAUAGCUACCUGGUACUUUAUUAAUUAUUAAUAGACAUCAAUUAUUAUUUCAUUAAUUCAUUAUUGACUAAUAAUUAAAGAUAAGACAUAAAGACAAUAUUUGUAACUGCUGAUGUGAUAUUAGUUAUCUUGUCAUCAAAAAUACUUUUUAAUUAAAUUAUAAAUUAAUUUCAUCUCAAAAUAACUUUUAAUAGGAAAUCUGCAUGGAAGUUUUCAUUUUAGAUCAGAACAUCAUGAAAAUGAAAUUUCCUUGUCUUGUGUUAUAAAUUUUAUAUCGAUUAGAGACUGAUUAAGAUUCUUUGCAACAAGGAUAACUUUGUUGAAAAUUGAUUAAAAAAUAAUUGAAGAAUUAUUCACAGAGUUAAAUUAUAUACAAUUUAUCAAUGUAUUAUUCCAUUAUAGUUACGCUGCAGACUUGCCAAUCUUGGAACUGCACACAUAUUUACUAUUGAAUUGUACAUCAAAACAUAUUUAUUUAAAUCAAAAGCUGAACACAUAGAAUUAAUAGUUUUAUCUAUGUUGUCACUUUGUUUUAGUAGUUUAACUUAGUCAAGCACUGGUAACAAUUAAAGCCUGUCUAUGUUUUUACGCAAUAUAAGUUAUGACAAAAUUACAAAAAUAUGUUGAACGAUAGAAUAUAAACCCUAAUGAUGUUAAAAUGGAAAGUAGUCACAAUCAUGUGCAAACUGCUUUGUUUUGAAGAAUGGUGGACUGGAGAUCAACGCCAUGCAUCAGAAGCCCAAAGUCGAUCAGACAUACUGGUUGCUGACCCGAAGGCGAGCACGAGUCUGUUAGAUAAAAAUUCAAGAUGGGUUAAAUGUGAAAGGUCACCAUCAAUUGGUAGUGAAUCUUUUGGUAUUUGAUAAACAAACCAAUGCUUUUGUGUUUUAUCAUCUGGGGAUAUUACUUGGCACACGCAGGAAUGGUUCACGUUCUAGAUCUAGGUGUCUAUUACUUAACUGAUAUUUUUACUUAUGAAUUGUUCAUGUAUCUGAGCAGAUUCUCUAGAGAUUAUGAAGUUUUAACGUAUGAAGUUCAAUCUCUAUAAACAAAAACAUGGAGAGGCUUUAAUGGAAAUGGAUGCAGUUCUAAGACUGAAGUGAAAAUAGCUAUAAUUUCUAGAUAGAAUGAAGAGAUCUUGUUUCGAAAUUGAAAAUAAAGAUCUAAUAUUUUAGUUAAGAGAUGAAGCCUGAUUGUUGAUGAUUGUAAACUUUGUGUAGAAAAUAUACACUUAGUUGCUAGUUAUUGUGUAACUGUUAUGUUUGCCUAAAUUGUUUUAAUAAAAUGUUAUAGGGAA